CCCAACUCUUUUUCACCACUCUAAUGGAGGAUACUUGUAGUCCUAAGCUAUUUCUGGCAUCGUUACUUGUCAUCGGUUUAUCGUUACCUAUGCUUGCUCAAGAGAUAUUCCGUGCUCCAGAAAAUACGACUGUUUACCUAGAUCAGUCAGUGGUGUUCACUUGUGAGGCAAGGAGUAGUCUCUCUAGUUGGUUGAUCAAUGGAACACUGCCAGAACACCUACCAUCUGGGACAAUUAGCGAUCUCUACCUUACCUCCACCAAUACUGAUGAAGGCAAUAGACUGUUAACACUCAACUUUCCAGCAAAAGCAUGGUACAACACAACUAGGGUGCAGUGCAUUACCAGAACACUUGGUGGUUCUUCAGCAGAGAGUAAUACUGCAACAUUGAUGAUUCAAGGUCCACUGUCAGCAGUCACUGUUCUGAGUUCCAUUAGCAAUGCCAGUUCAGUGACCAUCUCGUGGAGUGCUCCAUUCUCUCUGGAUGUGACUGGUGUUGAUCCUGAUAUCUGGUACUCUGUCCUCAUCUACAAUGUGACAGAUGAGAACAACCCAACAGCCAUCCUCUGUACUGACUGUAUCAAUAUCACUGAGACACACUACACCUUCACUCCUGACUACCUCAGUCCUUGUCAUGUGUACAACUUCUCUGUCAUCCCUCUGAAUGGAGCUGGCCAGGGAGAGAACACCUAUCUUACUAGUUCCUUACAUGAGUAUACUCUAUCAGAUCAUAGGUAUCUGUCAGAUCAUGAGGCGAAUAUUACAGUCUUCAAAAAACCGAGAAAUGUGUUUCAACUUAUGAUUACGGCACAACUCUUCAUGAUAAACAACACAGUGUUGUGCUUUCAGAAACACUUCAAACUCUACUACAACAGUAGUACUCAGGAACAAUGUCCAUCAGUAGUAUCAGUGGUUUCCCCAGAGCUAACUCCAGGUGACAUCUGGCUAAUACAAUCUGAGGUGGUCCUGAAGAGAGACUGUAACUACACUGUCCAUGUAGCCUCUCCUAGUGAAGCCUUGGACUCCAGCAGAAUAUUCUCAAUCAAUACGAGAGUUGUCAGGGUUGAAGUUGGUGAACUUGAGGGAGAGGUAGUGGUAAGGUGUGUGUUCAGACACACCCUCUCCCAGAGGUGCUAUGUGCAGCUGGUGAGUAGUGAGGUGGAGGGAGGGUUCCAGGAGGGAGGGUGUGUGGAGGGGGAGGGAGAAGGUGUCCACAGGUUCCCUGGCCUCCUCCCUGCUACAUACACUGUGUUGGUCUACGGUCUGGUGGCAGGGGAGGGGGGACUCUUGUUCUCCAGCUCCUGGAGAUCCCGACUACAUCACUGUAGCUACUGUCCAUGGUCCCCACCCAUCCUCUGCCAACAAUCAACCUUCUCCUACUGAUAAGAUGACAAUGCCACAUGUUACUCCAAAUCCCUGGUGUGCUGAAGGAAUUGGUGUUGGUGUAUGUAUGGGAGCUAUUGCUACAUGCAUUUUGUUUGUGAUGGGGAUCAUUGUAGUAAAAGUGCUCAAGAAACACAGAGAAAGAAUGAAAGUGGCUAAGUCAUCAGCAGCAUCUUCCCAACGUGUGACAAUGGAGAAGAACAUGGCAUAUGAGUUGCAUAAACCACAGCAUCGGAGAAAAGGCCACACUGCACCUCAACAGUACUGUCAAACCCCAAACCCUAUAUAUGAAGAUUUGAAGUAAUGUGUGUAAUCUGCCAUCGGUUUGUUUUCAUUAUCUGCCUUUUUACCCAGUGCACCUAUAUAAUUAUGCUGUGUUAUCCAUCAAAGUAUUUUUACA